UCUAUAAAUGCCGCUAUGAUGUUGAUGAUGAGUCGGCGAAGCCUGCUGGGGUUGCUGGCCCUUUGUGCCUCCGUGGCAUUCUGCAAACCCACCUCGGAGAAGAAGGAGCGCGUGCACCAUUCCAAGGACCUGGAUGAGCGGGAUCCAAUCGACCAGAACGGCUUCCAGUUCGAUCAUGAUGCCUUCAUGGGGAGAGAAGGCUCAAAGACCUUCGACCAACUCACUCCGGAGGAGAGCAAAGAGAGGCUGGGGAAAAUUGUGGACCGCAUUGACGAUGACCAGGAUGGCCUGGUGACUGCGGACGAGCUGACCUCGUGGAUUAAGCGGGCUCAGAACCGGUACGUCGACGACAAUGUCAAGAAGCAUUGGAACGAAUACGACACCAACCGGGACGGACAAAUAUCGUGGGAGGAGUACAGGAACGCCACGUACGGGUUCCACGUGGAUGAGUCGUUCAGCGACGUGAGCAAUGAUGAGGACAAGGCCAGCUACAGGAAGAUGCUGAAACGGGAUGUGCGGAGGUUCGAGAAGGCGGACAAGGAUGGGGACAAGGUGGCCACACGGGAGGAGUUCACCGCCUUCCUGCACCCAGAGGAGUUCGACUACAUGAAGCCCAUCGUAGUUCUGGAAACCAUUGAGGACAUUGACAAGGACGGGGAUGGCAUGGUGGAUGAGAAAGAAUAUGUCGGUGACAUGUACUCCCCGGUGGACGGCGAGUCCGAACCAGACUGGGUGAAGAACGAGCAGGAACAGUUCAGACGGUUCCGAGACCUCAACAAGGAUGGGAAGAUGGACAAGGAGGAGGUGGAGCGCUGGAUCCUGCCUGGUGACUAUGACCACGCCAUGGCAGAGGCCAAGCACCUGAUCCACGAGUCCGAUAAAGACGAGGAUGGCAAACUCUCAAAGGAGGAAUUCCUGGAGAACUACAACAGGUUCGUAGGAAGUGCUGUCACCAAUUUCGGAGAGCUGUUGGACAAUCACGAUGAGUUUUAGUCACCACACGGUCUCUCUGUGAUUCUGCACUCUGUUCUGCAUCCUCCAUUGCUUUUUGUAAAAGAUUUAUAAAGGAUGGGGUGCUUAAAUUGGCUGUGUGUACAAAUGUAAUUUGUUUAUUUCAAGGGAGAGGGCUUGAUUGUCCUUGACCCCCUGUGCUAGAAUGUAUUCUACGCUGGAAUCUUCAGGGCCCAAUUCCUCACCUCUCCUCCCUUGCAGUUUUGAACCAGAUUCAUGAGUUGAAUGUUUGGACAGUCUCUUGACGACUGGAAGAGGAGAGAAUUCCAUAUUCUUCUGUCUGAUUUAGGGGUCAAAGCGCAGUAUUGGCAUUGGGGGAGUGUGGAGUGUGCAAACCAAAUAUCAUGAGGGUGUAGCCAAUACAAACUGUGCUGGGAUCAGCAAGAUGCCCAAUGAAACGAUGGAUCUAAACUAAAACUCUACAGGCAGGCAAGGUGAGGAAUUGGCCCCAACCAUGUGUACAAUGAAGCUCUCCCAUCACUGAUGGUGUUCUCACGCAGAGCUUGCUGAUUCAGUAUUCAGGAGCAGUGUGAUCCAGCUGACCAGUAUGACCACUCCCUGCCCUGCCACUUGACCAUUACAGUCAACUCAAGCCUGUGUUAAUGAGCUUGGAGAAAUAAAUGUAGCAUCCCGACUUGAACCUGUCAUCAUUUCCUCUCUCAACUGCCUGUCCAAACAGUUUACCGUCUCCCCACCUGCCCUGCUCUCCACAGAAGCUGCCUGACCCGCUGAGUUACUCCAGCACUCGGUG